AUGAUGGCCAGCAGACUUGGCUCGAUCACCCUGGCUGUACUGGUCCUACUAACCCUCCUCCUUCAUCAUCAGCAUCGACCAGCCCACAGCCUCACCCUCCUCGACAAUUCUAGCCGGCUAUCCUCCUCCACUCGUCCUCUCGCCCAUCCCAGCCUGCUUCCCCGCCAACUUCCUGCCUCAAGCUCUUCCUCCACCGAUCAGCCUUCGCCAGCUCCCGAACAAUCCACCGCCGCUGGUGGUACUUCCCCCUCUCGCCUCGCACUCAGCUCACUCUUAUUCUCCAUACCCACUACCAUCCUUGGAUUGAUCCUCCUCCUGCUCGGACGCGCCCUCCCCCGUUUUUACUCCUCAGUCGCUUUCGCCCUUGCCAUCGCCUUCCCAACCUGGGCCUUAUCUAUUAACCUGGCCGGCAUCGCCGGUAUCACCGGUCGAUCAUACAGCCAAGACUCUCAGAAUAUCAUCAUCUGGGCUCUAGUCUCCGGGACUUUCUUCUUCGGACUCUCCUUGAGCUUAUUGAUCGGCCAGCAUGGCUAUCCGAUCGCUCUAUUCCUAUCGUCCAUCCAAGCCGGUCUAGCCAUCUCAAUCUCAAUCUUGAUCUUCUCAAACGGACUCACCAUCCAUCAUACCCUCAGCCGAUCCAUCUUCCUUGCCAUCGGGCCUUCCAUCUCUGGCCUCAUCACCAUCAUCUGUCGACCUUCGAUCAGCUCAUCCACCGCUUGCGCUUUCUCUGGCGCGUUUUUACUUUUCCUGGGAAUCGAUCUUUUGGUCAACGAGAACGAUGGGAUGAGUCGCGGUAUCCGUUUCCUGUUUGAUCAUAACCCUCACCAUGCCCAGGAUUUAGCCAAUUAUAACCCACCCAAAGCAACCCGCAUUCUCCUGCCAGUUAGCUGGGCCUGUAUGUUCCUUGGCGCGUGGUAUCAGUAUAGAUUCCUGGAUAGGCCUUUCCAUACAACCUGGCCACCAGAUCUUCAUCGAAAAUCAACCAAGUCGUCGGCUCAAUCCACCGUUCUGGUCGACCGGGAUAUCGAAAAGAAUGGCUCUGUUGAAAAAGUCCAAGGCCUCACCGCUGUCUCCGCUUCCUCGCAGGAGGAUCACUCCUCAUCACCAGGUUACUUCGAGGACCCCCCCUUCCCAGCUUCCCCUCAACCUCAGGAGUUCGAAUCUCCUUCCCAAUCCGAACAGCGCUAUACGACCGACUCAUACGAUACUGGACUUAGCGCUAUACCUGAACUCACAGAACAUAGUACCAGCGGGCGAGGAGGUAGUCGAAGUGGAAGCGGAAGUGGUCGGGCUCUCAGCGUUAUGUUCCCUCACUCCCACAGACAUCCUUCAAAUGCGACCUCCAACUCGAUCCGUCGCAGUACCCGGUCUUCUGAAUUUCAAAUUCCUCCUACUGCACUUCCCUCAACAUCUGAGGCUGCUGACCCAUCCAAUAUAUCUGUGUCUCCUCCUCAUACUACCCUGAGUGAGACGACGGUAUUUCCCGAUGAUUCGAUCAGUCAAACCACUCGUCAGAGGCUUGCCUUAACUAUCUACAGCAAUUCAGGCUUGAUCGAAGAGGAGACCGAAGCCAUGCUCACCCUUGCGACGGACGCAGCAAGCCCAGUAAUCGAAACCAAAACACAAGAGGAUGAUGGGCACCGAGCCGAUAGUAGUUCUCAAACUGGUCCCGAUCCGUUCAUGGCACAGCCACCCACGCCAGGCUCGACCGGUGUCUUGACUCGACUAGCACGCGCAUUUGGCGAAGGAUCAAGUUCGGUCAGCCGCCAGGAUCUGCAACUAACUCCACAGAACGUCACCUGCGGGGAGGAAGCCAGCGAGGAACAGGCGCUGCAAUCUGAUGCGGAACGUUGGGCCAGUCUUUCGGAUGGCCAGUCGCCAUACGAACACACCGCCCGGCUACGCCGAGACUUGCAUUCCUGGACCAGUGACGAGCCUACGUGA